AUGGCUGAGUCGGUGGCCGUACCGAAAGAUUCUAUGGAGGACUCCUGCGACACAAAUACGCAUGAAGCCACUCCUCUCGACUCGUAUACCAGCCUUCCCUUGAUCUCGCCUGCAUUAGCCGAGCGAUGUCAACGACCAACUAGCUUCAAUGCGGACAACGUCCUACGGGUGUUUCAGGAUCUCCAGAACCACAAUCCAGCCUCUCUGCAAGGCGGCAAGAAAACGAUUGAAUUGCAACUUGACCAAUACCGACAAGUAGUAAGGGCAUUAGAUUGUGAUCGACCGCUUCACGACCACGUCAGCGACAAAGUGCGGUGGGAUUACGAUCCCGAGAACGCGCUUCUCGCUUUUCGCAUGCCAACUCCAGUGCACGAUUUCUUUGCCACCUCUGUUGCGGGUGAGAUAUGUAAGCAGCUGGAGCGCAUCGCUCGCGGUAAGGAUGCCGCUGGCGAAUUUGCAGAGCGAAUUGCCAACGGAGGCUCAUCUCGCAUAUUUCUGAAGGAAGGUUCAUUUGAUGGCCACCCAACAGAUCUAGAAGCUUUCCCGCAACGCCAGCCGGAUACGCAAUUUCAGCACCGUGACGCAGCCUAUCCUGGUAUAGUGCUGGAAGUAUCCUACUCGCAAAAUGCGAAGGAUAUGUGGAAGCUAGCUCGGCAAUAUAUUCUUUGCUCGAACGGUGAUAUCAAGGCUGUAAUUGGCAUCGACCUCAAUUACGACGGAACAAAAGAGUCAACCUUGUCUCUAUGGCGCCCGUCUUAUAUUCACGAAGAGGGAGAGGACCUAGAUAUCCUAGACAUACAGCAAGAGAUAAAUUCUCAGCCAUUCCGAGCUCAAGACGGGUCCUACGUGAACCAAGCACAGGAUAUACACUUAUACCUGAGUGACUUCGCGCCGGACGAAAUCUCCGGAAGCUUUCAGGGAGUACACCUUGAGAUCAAUUAUGGGAAGCUGGCCCGUUUCCUCAACUCUGCCGAAAAAAUGAACGAAGUCAGGGAAUCGUGCUCUGGUAUUAAAUCCAAGCGGAAGAUAAGAAAGCGAAAGCUAUCAUCAUCUUCAGCCGAGGAAAUAAAAUCCGCGGAUGAGGCUAAACACCGCCUUCGGGAAGAGAAGGACGCUGAACGCUCAACUGCCCAUGACAAAGAUUUUGUCCCACUAACGAGAAGGAGAAAGAAGUAA